ACCACAAGACCAGCAGAAGGAUCCCGAUACAUUCUCAGACUGACCACAGACUGAUAUAUCAUCUGAGGGAUCGUUGAUACACUUGUACGAAGUUACCUGUCGGAUUGGUCUAGGGCUGUCCCCUAAUUGGCUGACUGAGCGUCUAUAAGCUGAGUAGAUCUCACUAAAAUGGCAAUCCUGUGGUUCCUGUCCUGCCUGGCCUUGCUCAGCGGAGCCUAUGGUCAAAGCUGUGGUGUUCCCGCCAUCAGUCCCAUUGUCCCCGGCAUUUCCAGGAUUGUAAAUGGAGUGAAUGCCAUCUCUGGAUCUUGGCCAUGGCAGGUGUCUCUGCAGACCAGCACUGGAUUCCACUUCUGUGGCGGCUCCCUCGUCCACCGUCAGUGGGUUGUCACUGCUGCCCACUGCGGAAUCACAACUGCUCACCGUGUGGUCCUGGGUGCAUAUGACCUCACCUCCAAGACUGAGCCCAUUCAGAUCAGGGCUAUCAGCAAAGUUCUAAAACACUCCCUGUACAACACCCAGACCAACGCCAAUGACCUCACCCUGAUCAAGCUGGCCACUCCCGUCACCCUCAACACCCGCGUGGCUCCAGUGUGUCUUGCUGCCACCAAUGCUGUCUUCAAUGAUGGAGAAAUAUGUGCCACCACCGGAUGGGGAUACAUCAAUGCAACCACAAAAAUCCUCCCAGCUAAGCUCCAGCAGGCAGGUCUUCCAAUCAUGAGCAACGCUAAUUGCCAGAAGUACUGGGGAUCCUUAGUUCAACCCACCAUGAUCUGUGCCGGGGCCUCUGGCGUCUCCUCCUGCAUGGGUGACUCUGGUGGACCCCUUGUGUGCAAGAGGAACGGAGCCUGGACCUUGGCCGGUAUUGUGUCCUGGGGCAGCUCUACCUGCAACACAUUUUAUCCUGUCGCCUACACCCGCGUCAGCGCCUUCACAGCCAUGAUAAACCAAGCUAUUGUCAAUAACUAAAGACUAUUCAAUAUUUUUUUAAUACUCAAUAAAGUAUCUCUGAACCCUU